CGUUCGGCCAAUGGCUGCACCGGGAGGGCGGGCUUUAGGGCAGGAUAUGUUUCCGGAAUCACAUACACACGUGUGAAGAAAAACGCUGGCAUCCACUGUUGUUUCUGCUGUAUUGAAACUCGCCAGAUGCAGUGCACUCUUCAACCUUGGCUGCUUAAAGACAUCUCAGCGACUUUUUGAACGGUGGAAGACAAGAAGACUUCCCCAAAUUUGCAGGCGUUCCCUACACCCCUUUUUAUUUUCCAGGGCCUAUAAACACUUGACUCUGAUGGAUGAAUCCGAGACGGUAUCGCUCCAAGCCCAGGUUGGAGACAAGAGAGGCUGUCCAGAGGAGAAGGAGGAGGAAACGCCAUUAAAGAAGGCAAAAGUUGAGAGUGAUCAUGAAAAUGGGGGUGCUGCCAACCAAGAUGAGGAAGAGCCCGGGGGACCUAGUGAUGGAGAGGAGGAGGGUGAGACCUUUGCCGACAUGAUGAAGCAUGGACUGACGGAGGUGGAUGUGGGCAUCCUGAAGUAUGUCAGUGACCACGAGGGCUUUUCAGGAAUCCUUAAAGAAAGAUAUUCUGAUUUUGUUGUACAUGAAAUCAGCAAACAAGGCAAGAUAGUGCAUUUAGAUGACCUCUCUGUCCCAGCAGAAACUGAGUCUCAGGAAGAUCCAGUGACUGACCAACCAACAACCGAAUGUGACGUUUUAACCGAGGAGCAGAAAAAACAGCUCGGGGAGCUGCAGCUCUUCAAGAAUAAAGAGGGAACUGUGUCUAUUGAGGUGGUAGAUGAUACAAAGGAGAAGCGGACGCUUGUCCACAAAGCCAUAAAGACUCAGUUUCCUGGUAUAGAAACAAAGACGGAAGAGAAAGAAGGGCGCAAGUUCAUAGUGGCCUACCAUGCUGCUGGAAAGAAGGCUUUAGCAGCUCCAAGGAAACACUUUUGGCCCAAAAACCGUGGCAGUUUCUGCCACUUUGUCCUGUACAAGGAGAACAAAGACACCAUGGAUGCUAUUAAUGUGCUUUCAAAGUUUCUCAGGCUUCGACCCAACAUGUUCUCCUACAUGGGAACCAAAGACAAGAGGGCUAUCACUGUGCAGGAGAUAGCUGUGCUCAAGAUCACAGCAGAGAGGUUGGCUCACCUCAACAAGUGCCUCAUCAACCUUAAGCUGGGAAACUUCAGCUACAAAAACCACCCCCUGAAACUGGGGGAGCUGCAGGGAAACCAUUUCACUGUGAUCAUCAGGAACAUCUCAGGAACAGAUGAGCAGGUGCAACAGGGCAUGACAUCCCUCAAACAGACGGGCUUCAUCAACUACUACGGCAUGCAGCGUUUUGGCACCACAGCUGUGCCAACACAACAAGUUGGAAGAGCCAUUCUGAAGAAUGACUGGAAUCAGGUGGUGGAUCUGGUUCUGAAACCUCGUCCCGGAGCGGAAAAAGAGUUUCUGGUGCGCUGCAGGGAGGAGUGGGCGAAGACGCAGGACCCGGAGGCAGCACUGAAAAAGCUGCCCAACAAGCGAUGUGUGGAAGGACAGCUGCUUCGAGGCCUGUCCAUGUAUGGCAAGAAAAACAUCGUCACGGCCUUUGGACUGAUCCCUCGCAACAACCGCUUGAUGUACAUCCACAGCUACCAGAGUGUGGUGUGGAACACCAUGGUGAGCCGCAGAAUCGAAGCCUUUGGCCUGAAGGCAGUGGAAGGGGAUCUAGUGCUCAGAGGAACCAAAGCACAUCUGUUGUCUGCUGAGGAAGCAGAGACUCACUCCAUCCAUGACAUUGUGAUGCCUCUUCCGGGGUUUGACGUCAUCUAUCCCUCUCACCACGUUGGUGAAGGUUACAGAGAGCUGCUGACUGCAGACGGGCUGGACAUCGACAACAUGAGACACAAAGUGAAGGACUACUCUCUGGCUGGAGCCUACAGACGCGUCCUCAUCAGACCCACCAACGUCAGCUGGGAGGUGAAUCACUAUGACGACCCCAGGAUCUCUCUGGUGCAUACCGAUUUUGAGAAAUUGGAAAAUAAAGCUGCACCUGUCUUCAACAAAGAGGGAAAGUAUCGGGGUCUGCGUAUGGAGUUCUCCCUGCCUCCCUCCACGUACGCUACCAUGGCGAUCAGAGAGGUCCUGAAGCUGGACACCAGCAUCAAGAAACAGACGCAGCUCAACACCACCUGGUUCAACUGACCCAGGGCACUCGCAGACAUCGUUCUCCUCCGGCUGCUGACUGUACAAACUGUUUUUAAGUGCAUUAUGUGUACAUGACAGAAUAAUUUAGUUCUAUCUGAACUUUAAAUGAGUUUUUUUCUUUUUUGAUAAGUAUUAAGAACAGUUGAAUAUCAUACUUUUUUUUUAUGAUUUUACUUUUUAAAAGUUUCUGCACUGCAGAGACUAAGUACAGUUCAACAACGACCAUUCAAGUGAACCUGUUUUGGUUUUCAGAGGACAUAUGAACGUAUAUGAUUGUUCCUUGUAGCUUUGGACUGUGAGAACUCUUCAAGAGAGAGAGAAAUUAAAACUGUCAAAGUUUUAAAAUAGUAUGCGUGGAUGAUUGUCUCUCAUGAAAGCGCAACAUUGAAGUAUUUUAAUCAUCUUUUUCCGAUGAUAAAGUGUUUAGAUGCGGUUCAGUAGUUGUUAAACUUAUGUCCUUUGAGGCUGUCCUACAAAGAUGUUUAUCUACAUAACGUGAAAAAGAUCAACCUGAGCUCAUGUAAGUUCUCUUACAUUGAACGGUUAUUUUGUCUUUAUGUUUACUAGGAAGUCAUAUCUGACUCGCUGUACAAAAUGUGACCAGAGACCAGAUCUAAAUGAAUAACAAUAGAAAAAGAGAGGUACAUUUUGUUUUUUACACUCCACUUUAUUUUUAAAAUAUGUUUUUGUAGUUCAAAUCAUGGGACAGCUGACAAUCUAAAUGUCAACAAACCUAUCAAAAUCUUCUUUUCACUGAUUCAGUUUCUGGAAAGCACAUAACUAUUCAAGUUUAUCUCUCGUCAAGUGUGUGUUUUUUAUUUUUGUUUCCCCCCAAAUUUAGAGCGUAAUUAUCUUGUUUUCUUGCUCAGAUAUUUGACUGCUUUUCCUCAAAAUUCUGUCCAGCUCGCCAAUGCCGUUUCUGCAUUCACUGAUGCAUGUAAAAAUGUCCUGCUUGAGAUGCUUUGAAGUAAAAGUCCUACACAACAGAGCGGUCACAGCACCAUACAUGGCACUUUAUUAUUUUUUGGAAUAGUGUAGUGUAGUGUUAUAUCACAGAAAUUCAAGAACGGUUUCAUAAGCUUGCAGAAGUAGGUCUUAGAUUAGAGAAGGACAUUUGUACAAUUGAUAGUGAGUGCAGAAACGGUUGUUCAGUGGAUUUGUCCUUCUGUUCACUUUGUGCCACUUAUCCAGAUCCAGCUCACAGGGGAGCAGCUUAACCAGACUUCAUUCUCCCCAACCAUGUCUACUAGCUCUGCAGGAACACCAAAGGUGUUCCCAAACUAACUGAGAUGUAAUUUCUCCAGCUAGCUUUGGGUCUGCCCUGAGAAAAAUUCUGAUUGGACAUGUCUGGGACACCUCACCUGUAGUUACUCUACUCCGAACCCAUCC